CGGACGUCAACGGUUGUUGCACCGUGAAUGCAUUUUCGUUACGUUCCCGUUUUCCAAUGGAUUGACAUCAGCCAUCAGAGAUGCUGCUGAAAGAUCUGCCCAGGGAGGCCCUGAUGCGGCCGUUGUCUAGGAAUGAAGUGGUUGGCAUGUUGUUCAGGUUGACCGUCUUUGGUGCCGCCACGUACUACAGCAUCAAAUGGGUCUUAGAUGCAAUGGAUCCUACCUCCAAACAGAAAAACCAAGCCAAGAAGAGGGCAGAGCAGCUGAUGAAGAGGAUUGGUGUCGAGGGGGUCAGACUUACAGAAUAUGAGAUGAACAUCGCAUCUCAUCUAGUUGAUCCACAAACUAUGAAGGUAUCCUGGAGAGAUAUUGCAGGUCUGGAUGAAGUUAUCAAUGAGCUUCAAGAUACAGUCAUCCUGCCCUUUCAGAAGAGACACCUUAUGGCGAAUUCCAAACUAUUUCAGCCUCCCAAAGGUGUUUUAUUAUUUGGUCCUCCGGGCUGCGGUAAGACUAUGAUUGCCAAGGCAACUGCCAGAGCGUCGGGAUGCAGGUUUAUCAACCUUCAGGCCUCCACGCUGACUGACAUGUGGUACGGCGAGUCACAAAAGCUGACUGCGGCAGUCUUCUCGUUAGCUGUCAAAAUUCAGCCUUGUAUAAUCUUCAUCGAUGAGAUUGGUAAGCUUCAUUUGCAGGACGCAUGUCAAAAGUGUGGAAUGUUAGUUUAUUGCACUAGUGGAUGUGAGCUAGCUUCAUUUUCAUUCAUUCAGAUAGUUAUGGUGAUGGGAGCCACGAACAGGCCGCAGGACGUGGAUCCAGCCAUUCUCCGCAGGAUGCCCACAACUUUUCAUAUCGGCUUGCCAAACACAAGGCAGAGAGAAGACAUCCUGAGACUCAUCUUGGCAGGAGAAAACCUGAGCAACGCAAUCAAUCUGAAGGAGAUUGCUGAGAAGACAGAAGGCUACUCUGGGAGUGACCUCCGGGAGCUCUGCCGCGACGCUGCCAUGUACCGAGUACGCGACUAUGUCCGCAAGGAGCAGAUGAGGCAGAUCGCUCAGCAGCUGCAGGGCUGCCAGGAGGAAGAAAGACCUGUGGAUGAGGAGCGGUUGCGACCAGUCACUCAGCUGGACCUCCUCUUCGGCCUGGACAAGAUGAAGGAAUCAAAGAAAGCCACAACCUUCAUGCUACCCAUCGUAUCAGAGGUUGCUCUGGAUUAAACACCAUCUGUGGACCACUGAGGAAAAGCGAAUUCUUCCAAGCUCUGUCCGCAGUGCGUUCCAACUCGCCAAGCUGAGACUCUGAGUGUUAGAGGUGUAGUUGAAAAAGGCGGCAGACAGACAUGCUUUUCUUAAACCUAGUUUCCCAGACAGGGAGUUAUUCUGAGCAUGCUUAUCUUAAAGGACACACGUCAUGUGUACAGUUACAAC